GAAUAACCCAUAUCUUUAGGAGCUUCUAGGUUCUGUGCUAUCCAAAAAUCGGGUCCACAAAAUUGCUCUUCCCUAUAUUCAGACACAACCCCUGUUUUUCCUCCUAUUCCCCAAAUAUACUUUGAUUUCGUCUGCCGGUUUUCCAUUUCCAUAAUUCCAUUACUAGACUGUGUUGAUCUCGCUGCUGAAAGUAAGGACAUCGCAUUUUCCAGUGAUCUUCUGAAAAUCGUUGGAGGUUCUCAACAAUUUGGAGCUUAAUUACAACCCAGAGAGAGAGAGAGAUAGAGAAAAUGAAGUCAGGGAAAGAAGAGAAGAUAGUGGGGCCCAUGUUUCCAAGGUUACAUGUAAAUGACACAGACAAAGGAGGGCCAAGAGCACCUCCAAGGAACAAGAUGGCUCUUUAUGAACAACUUAGUAUCCCUUCUAAUAGAUUCACUCAUUCUGCAGCCAGUUUGAUUCGUCCUUCUAGCCAGUUUUUCCAAAUUGCAAUGCUUUGCCUCUUCUGCAAAUUGGCGACCGAUCAGAAUAAAGCCUUCUCGGCUUCAUCAGCCGAAGAGAAAGCUGAAGGUUUGAAGAAACAAACUGAUAGCGCUGGCGAGUUGAAUAAUAAUAACCGUGUUGGGUACAACCCUGACAGCAGAAGGUGCAACCCUUUUGUAUUGGACAGUAAUAUCAUGGCAUUGGAAGGAAGAAGUGAGUCUACCUCAGUUAUGGAUUUUCCAUCCAAGGGUCAGGAUAUUUUGCAUGAUAGAAGUGAAUCUACCUCAGUUAUGGAUUUUCCAUCCGAGGGUCAGGAUCUUUUGCAUGAUGAUAUCAGUAAUAAAACAGAUUUUCAAAUGGAAAGAGUUGACAGUUUGUCUGAAAAUUCUGUGGUGGAUUCAAUCUCCGGACUGGAUAUAACUCCCGAUGAUGUGGUAGGCUUAAUAGGUCAGGAACAUUUUUGGAAAGCAAGAAGAGAAAUCAUUAAUCAACAAAGAAUAUUUGCCGUUCAAGUAUUUGAAUUGCAUCGACUGAUAAAGGUCCAGAGACUGAUAGCCGCAUCACCACGUAGUUUGCUCGUGGAUUUCACCAAACCAAUCAAAGCUUCUCCUGGGAAAAGAAAAUCCCUAAAUAAUCCUGUUAAAAAAAGCCCGCACGUUCCUAAGCCGAAAGGCAGGCCCGAGAAGCUGGUUCAUAAGACCAAAACAACUGUAGAAAAUGCUUCCGAGAAGAAAAUACCUUCUGCUUCUAUUCCGAGCUUCAAUUCUGGGCCAUGGGGCUUCAGUCCUCAGCCGCUCGGUAACCAUUGGUUGAUUCCUGUGAUGUCCCCUUCUGAAGGGCUGGUUUACAAGCCGUACACUGGGCCUGGAUUCAUGGGCCCAGCCUACGAAGGAUAUGGGCCUCCCGGGUCAAGCCCACUGAUGGGCAAUUUUCCAAAUCCAAUGUAUGGUAUGAGCAGGCCUGCAUUUUCGAGCUCUUCCACCGGACAAUCGAGCGGGAUACCCUUUCUGGGCCGGGCUUUGGCCCGGGAUGUGGCGGCCCACCAGAAGCCCAACUUGAAGUCGACUGAGGAUGUUGAAACACAAACUAGCUUUGCGAGUAGGAGUGUGCUCCCGCUUUUCCCCACUUCCCCAACUGCUGAUGGGCCGAAAUCCGGCCCGCUGAAACUCGAGCCCGAAGGCCCGACUCGUGUGAUCAAGGUUGUGCCUCGUAAUGCGAGGUCUGCAAGUGAAUCUGCUGCUAGAAUUUUUCAGGUGAUACAGGAAGGAAGAAAACAAAAUGAUUUGCCUUAAGCCCUUUGAACAUUGUUCUUGUGUGUACUAGUUUUAUAGAUAUGGUUGGAUUAAGUGUGUGCAUGACAGUUAAAGUUAGUUAACAGGUUUAGUUUAUUUUUACAGGCACUUGUUGUUUUGAAAUUUUGGUAGCCAACAAUUGUAUCNGGGUAGAAUCAAGUGUAGUCAGUCAAGUCAAGUCAUAGGUAACUGUAAACAUGUCGAAAUUGAUUAUUGCUGGAAUAUGGUAUUUUUUAUUUGGAACUAUACUAAUUUUCUCCCUUAAUACUCGGGUUGCUAAAGUAGAUCAAAAGCAGUGUGAAAUUCUUGGGUCGGCGUGGGCCGUGGUGUC